AUGACAGGCUCAAACUAUAUACCUAGGAUCAACCUCGUUCGCAUCGCACAUGUCUUUUACACUCAUAAAGACAUCAACAAAGCCCAUGAAUUUCUAUUGGACUUCGGCUUCCAGGAAGUCAAACGUGUGGGCAAGGAUAUCUAUUACCGCGGUACUAGUUCCCAACCAUUUGCGUACUGUGCGCAACAUGGCGAAGAAGAUGCGUUUGGAGGCGCCGCUUUCGUCGUGGAAUCCGAAGCUGAUCUCGCCGCUGCCCAAAAGCUACCUGGAGCUACGGAGAUAUAUGACCUGAGUGAUGCGCCUGGCGGUGGUCGCUGUGUUACUUUCCACGACCCUGUCGAUGCUUUCCCUUUUCACAUUGUUUAUGGGCAAGCACCAUAUGCCGAUGAGAAAGCGUUCCCGCAGCUGGAUUUUAAUUUUCCGACGGAGAAACACAGGCCAGGUAAUAAGACGCAGCGAUUCCAAAAGGGUAUACCGAAACAAGGUCCUGCUCCGGUGCACAAAUUAGGUCAUUUUGGAAUGUGCGUCACCGAUUUCAACAGGGCGUUUGGUUUCUAUACCAGUCGAUUCAACUUCAAGCCGAGUGAUCUGGUCCAUGACCCCACCGGAAAAGAUAUAACUACAUUCCUCCAUUUAGAUCGCGGUUCUGAACUAGUUGAUCACCAUUGCUUUUUCUUCUUCGAAGGUCCCAAGCCGCACGUACAUCAUUCCUCAUUUGAAACACAUGAUUUCGACACGCAGGUUUUGGGUCACGACUGGCUGCGCAGCAAGGGGUAUGAAAACUGUUGGGGUGUAGGACGUCAUAUUAUGGGAAGUCAGAUCUUUGAUUAUUGGUUUGACCCUUCUCGUUUCAUCAUCGAACAUUAUGUUGAUGGUGACUUGGUUGAUGAUCAACAUCCCAUCAAUCGAUCCCUUGCGUCGCCCGACAGUUUGCAUGUUUGGGGCCCGGAUCUUCCACCUACCUUCCUGCAGUAA